GGUUGGCUGAAGAGCGCACAGUGGAGUUUUAAUGUCCGCCAUGUUGGCCAUGGCGUAUUGAAGAGAGCGAGCGAGAGAGGAGCGGAGCGGCACAGCCUCCCACCCUCCCGGCUGGUGUUAGUACCCGGACGGCGGGCUCUGCGCUCCGCCCCUCAAGUCCCCGGCAGCGGUAGGCGAGUGGGGACCGAACCCCCGGUUCUCCAUGAUCCCGCUGGCCGGGGCCGUUUCCCCAGAGCGGAGAGGUAUCUGCUGCGCCUGAGAUGAGUAAACUGUCGUUUCGGGCGCGGGCGCUAGACGCCUCGAAGCCGCUGCCGGUUUUCCGCUGUGAGGAUCUGCCCGACCUGCACGAAUACGCCUCGAUAAACCGGGCCGUGCCGCAGAUGCCCACCGGAAUGGAGAAGGAAGAGGAGUCGGAACACCAUCUUCAGCGGGCUAUUUCAGCACAGCAGGUGUAUGGCGAGAAGAGGGAUAAUAUGGUCAUACCAGUCCCAGAAGCAGAAAGUAAUAUUGCUUACUAUGAGUCUAUAUAUCCUGGGGAAUUUAAGAUGCCAAAGCAGCUCAUUCACAUACAGCCUUUUAGUUUGGAUGCUGAACAGCCUGAUUAUGAUUUGGAUUCUGAAGAUGAAGUAUUUGUGAAUAAACUGAAAAAGAAAAUGGACAUCUGCCCAUUGCAAUUUGAGGAGAUGAUUGACCGUCUAGAAAAAGGCAGUGGUCAGCAGCCAGUCAGUCUGCAGGAAGCCAAGCUGCUGCUAAAAGAAGACGAUGAAUUAAUUAGAGAAGUUUAUGAAUACUGGAUUAAAAAGAGAAAAAACUGUCGGGGGCCAUCUCUUAUCCCAUCAGUAAAACAAGAAAAGCGAGAUGGUUCCAGCACAAAUGAUCCUUAUGUGGCUUUUAGAAGACGUACUGAAAAAAUGCAGACUCGAAAAAAUCGCAAGAAUGACGAAGCCUCUUAUGAAAAAAUGCUUAAACUGCGUCGAGAUCUGAGUCGGGCUGUUACUAUUCUAGAGAUGAUAAAAAGAAGAGAAAAGAGUAAAAGGGAACUAUUGCACUUAACACUGGAAAUUAUGGAAAAGAGGUAUAAUUUGGGUGACUACAAUGGAGAGAUUGUGUCCGAGGUUAUGGCACAGAGACAGCCAAUGAAACCUACUUAUGCCAUCCCCAUCAUCCCUAUUACUAAUAGCAGUCAAUUUAAACAUCAAGAAGCAAUGGAUGUGAAGGAAUUCAAAGCAAAUAAGCAAGAUAAGGCCGAUCUUAUCCGACCUAAACGUAAAUAUGAAAAGAAGCCCAAAGUCUUACCAUCGUCUGCUGCUGCUACUCCUCAACAGACGAGUCCUGCUGCACUGCCAGUCUUUAAUGCUAAAGAUUUAAAUCAGUAUGACUUUCCCAGCUCAGAUGAAGAACCUCUCUCCCAGGUUUUGUCUGGCUCUUCGGAAGCUGAAGAAGACAAUGAUCCCGAUGGUCCUUUUGCUUUCCGUAGGAAAGCAGGCUGUCAGUACUAUGCUCCUCAUUUAGACCAAACUGGCAACUGGCCUUGGACUAGUCCUAAAGAUGGAGGAUUAGGGGAUGUACGAUAUAGAUACUGCUUAACUACCCUCACCGUACCCCAAAGGUGUAUUGGAUUUGCACGAAGACGGGUUGGGCGUGGUGGAAGGGUUUUACUGGACAGAGCUCACUCAGACUAUGACAGUAUGUUUCGCCAUCUGGAUUUGGACAUGCUUUCCUCUCCACAACAUUCUCCAGUCAAUCAGUUUGCCAAUACCUCAGAAACAAAUACCUCGGACAAAUCUUUCUCUAAAGACCUCAGUCAGAUACUAGUCAAUAUCAAAUCAUGUAGAUGGCGGCAUUUUAGGCCUCGGACACCAUCCCUACAUGACAGUGACAAUGAUGAACUCUCCUGUAGAAAAUUAUAUAGGAGUAUAAAUCGAACAGGAACAGCACAACCCGGGACCCAGACAUGCAGUACCUCCACGCAAAGUAAAAGUAGCAGUGGUUCAGCACAUUUUGCAUUUACAGCCGAACAAUACCAGCAACAUCAACAGCAACUGGCACUAAUGCAGAAACAGCAGCUUGCACAAAUUCAGCAACAGCAAGCAAAUAGUAAUUCCUCCACCACCACUGCACAGAACCUUGCAUCUAACCAGCAGAAAAGUGGCUUUCGCCUGAAUCUACAUCAUAGCCAUUCUAUACAGGGUUUAGAAAGAACAUUACAGGGUUUUGUUUCCAAGACUUUGGAUUCUGCUAGUGCUCAAUUUGCUGCUUCUGCUUUGGUGACAUCAGAACAACUGAUGGGAUUCAAGAUGAAGGAUGAUGUGGUGCUUGGAAUUGGGGUGAAUGGCGUCCUUCCAGCCUCAGGAGUAUACAAGGGCUUACACCUCAGUAGUACUACACCAACAGCACUUGUCCACACCAGUCCAUCGACGGCAGGUUCAACUUUGUUACAGCCUUCAAACAUGACACAGACUUCGAGUUCCCACAGUGCACUGAGUCAUCAAGUAACUGC